AUGCAAAAAAACUUCAACUAUUACGAAAGUGUGAUAGCGGGCUAUGCCUCAGGUAUAAUACAAAAAACGCUAUCGUACCCCCUAGAUUUACUAAGCAUCAGAGUAGCCCUAGGAAUAAAUGAAAAAUAUUUGAGGAACAACAGCUCCAUGUUUAAUCAAAAAAAAUCCAUCCUUGGCAUCAUUCGUGAAAUUAAUAGUAACGAAGGAUUUGCAGGAUUUUUCAAAGGGUAUUUACCAACCCUAUUAACAGGGGUACCUUAUGUAACAUUACAGAUGUUAUUUUUUGAUUUUUAUAAAAAUAUUUUUCAAAAUUAUUUUCCCAACAAAUCAAAUUCGCUAAGUUCUGUCGCCAUCUACUCCUCUAUCGCCGGAUCCCUCAGCAACCUCUCCUCCUUAAUAAUUGUUUUCCCAGGAGACACCGUUCGAAAGAGGAUGAUGAACAACGGAAUAGACAACAGAAAUUAUAUCUACAAAAAUACCAUUCAUUGUAUUAAAAAUAUCUACCACUGCGAAGGGCUCAGAAAUUUCUACUACGGUUUGUUUCCCUCCAUGUUGAAGUCCAUCCCCUCGGGCGCGAUACAGUUCAUGUCCUACGAAAUUUUGAAGCAUAUGAUGUCGCAGGCCUGA